AUGAAACUUGCUGUAGGUCUCGUGCUCGCGGCUGUCGCCGUUGCCACCGUCACCGCUGGCGACCCAGCGACUCUGUCGACGAAAGAGGAAGCCACGAAGACCACCAAAGCGACCAAGUCGACAAAGUCGGAGAAAACUGGUACCACUUCUAGCAGCAGUAUCGGCAGCUUGUUUGAGGAUGGUUCUAAUGGUGUUAUCGGAGACGAGAGUGCGGCAGAUGCAACGACUGACCCUAAAAUGCUGACUUCGAUUGGCAUCACUGUCCCCAUUGGCAAGGAUGGCUCCGGAGGUUUGAACUUGGGUCCUGGUCCUGCAGUAUACCCAAGCGACUCGGGCUCAUGGGAUUGGAGCUGGGACUCGAUCGAAGGCUCAGGUAGCUCCCAUUACGAUUGCGAUACCGUCUGCUCGGACGACUACGAACCUGUUUGCGGUUCCGACCAUGUCACGUACACGAACGACUGCGCAUUCACCGUUGCUCAGUGUAACGCGACCGAACUGGUAGUAGCGAACUCUGGUGAGUGCGCAAAAAGCUCUACUGGCAGCGGCACCGAAUCCUGUCCCGAUGCGUGUACCAUGGAUUACUCGCCAGUAACUGACGAAAAUGGCGUAAAAUACUCCAACGAGUGUGCUAUGCGUCAAGCGAAGUGCAAGGGUGAAACCGGGGAAAAGAAGAAAAUUGUCACUUUUGCAGUUCUUGACGAGCCUACUGAUGCAAAGGGAGCCAAGGAAACCCCAGCUCCUGCUUCGAAGACCACGAAGACUACCAAGUCCGAGAAGACCGGUACUACCCCCGGCAGCGGUAUUGGUGACCUGUUCGAGGAUGGAUCGGACGGUGUUAUCGGUGGUGAGUCUGGAUCGACCGACCCGACCCUAGUGAAGGGUACCAAGGAGACCCCGGCUCCUGCUGACCCGACCCUGGUGAAGGGUUCCAAGGAGACCCCGGCUCCUGCUUCGAAGACCACGAAGGCUACCAAGUCCGAGAAGACCGGUACUACCCCCGGCAGCGGUAUUGGUGACCUGUUCGAGGAUGGAUCGGACGGUGUUAUCGGUGGUGAGUCUGCUACCAAGUCCGAGAAGACCGGUACUACCCCCGGCAGCGGUAUUGGUGACCUGUUCGAGGAUGGAUCGGACGGUGUUAUCGGUGGUGAGUCUGGUCCGGCCGACCCUACUUUAGUGAAGGGCACGAAGGCCCCUACUGAGGAGACAGUGCCUGUUUCGAAGACUACGAAGUAUCUGUAA